GCGAGAGUUGGCCUAAGCUCUUCACCAGGAAUAACAAAACGUUUCCUCUGAGGCGCCAGGUUUUCUUCUCUUCUACCAGUGUUGUUGUGUAUUUACAGAUCCGGUCCCCGUAAGUUUCCGUAAAUACUGAUCAAAAAUGGCAGAAGACGAGAAAUACGUCUGCACCCUGAGCUCGGCUUUGAAGAAACUCGCGGAAGACGAGCUGAACGAGACGGACUCCAACCGCGACCGGGACAUCCAAGCCCUUCGGGAGAAGGUGCGGGGGCUGCCGGGACUCAACUCCCGCACGGACGGAGGCUUUCUGGUGCGGUUCCUCCGCACACGGAAGUAUAACGUGGAGAGGGCUUUCCAGCUUGUCCAGUCCUAUUACAAGGCAAGAGUCGACGCUCCUGAGUUCUAUGACAACUUCACCCCGUCCUCAGUACGUCAUGUGCUGGACUCCGGGAUUGUAGCUGUACUGAGAGACAGGGACAAGGAGGGCAGGAGGAUUGUUGUCUUCAGAAUCGACAAAUGGAACCCUGUCGUCAUCACGUUGGCUGAAAUCUUCAAAACGGGUUUCUUGCUGAUGGAAAAAAUAAUAGAGGAGGAGGAGACGCAGGUUGCCGGAGUGGUGUUUAUUGAGGACCUGGCGGGGAUGAACGCGAAUCACGUGUACUAUGCCUCCAGUCCUACCCUCAUGUACAAGGGAUACGGAGCCUUUCAGAACGCCUUCCCGUGUCGGAUUAAGGGCGGACAUUACUUGAACGAGUCUCCGCUGUUUGACGGAAUCUUCGCCAUCAUCAAACCGAUCUUGUCUGAGAAGAUAAAGUCCAGGAUCCGCAUGCACGGUAAGGUGUACGACACGCUGCACGAGUGUGUGGGGAAACACGCCCUGCCGCCCGAGUACGGAGGGGACGGGCCUGCCUACGACGACUCAGUCAAACACUGGACUGACAUACUCAUGGCUUCUGAACAGGACUUCGUCAAGUACAACAAGAAGGGGUUUGUUACCCACGGAAGCCUGGGGACGAGCGCUACUGGGGACGAGACCAUGUCGGGAAUGGCGGGAAGUUUCAAAAAGCUGAACGUGGAUUAAAUUUGUGCGAGAAUGGCGUUUUAACUUUCUUGUGACUUAAACCAAAAAGAAAAUGAAAUCUGAACACCACGUACUCGUAUUCUACGUCUAUUGACAUUAUUAUGAGUUUGAAUCUUUCCCAGUCUGGGCACAAUACGAGUGGGUUAUUAAGUGCACUUUGCUGACAUGCUGCAAGAGGGCGUAGCUGUACACUCUCCGGAUACAUCUGUGUAAUUCCAUGUCAUCAGAUGUCAUGUCACGUUGAAGCUCAUCAAGUUUGGUACCAAAUAAAACAUAUCACGAGGAAAUAUAUACAUAAUAGAUCAUUGCCUUUAUUGUCUUAAGCUUGUUCGUAAGUUCAAGUGACAUACAUAACUUCCUUGGUCAUGCAGAGUGUAAUUCGUCUAGACACUUUCUUCAUGGGACUUGAAACUUGAAAUUUAUAAUUACUUGAACUAAGAAAUUUUUGUUUGUACCAUAACAUAAACCUUUUUCCAUACGAGCUAGAUCUCGUCAAUCUAUAUGUUACAAACAAGAUGGUGGAACAAAAACCUUGAGGGAUGGCAACGCAAAGAAAACGUAAAUUGUGUCAUAUUGUGAGUUACUAGUAUCGCAUUCUUUUCUAUCUGAAGAUCU